UGUUUCAGGCUCACACCUUCAUCUUAUAUCUUACUCAAAAACAACCUUAUUGAUUUUAAUAUAUAUUGAUCAGCCACGCUAGACAUAAAAUUCAACACAUUAUAUAUGGCAACAGUCAACAGUACCGGAAGCGAGAGUCAACCGGCGAAACACCAAGAAGUUGGCCACAAGAGUCUCCUUCAAAGUGAUGCACUUUACCAAUAUAUUCUUGAAACUAGUGUCUACCCAAGAGAACCUGCACCCAUGAAGGAGCUACGUGAGGUCACCGCUAAACACCCUUGGAACCUUAUGACCACAUCGGCCGAUGAAGGACAGUUUCUAAACAUGCUUCUAAAGCUUAUCAAUGCCAAAAACACUAUGGAAAUCGGUGUCUAUACCGGUUACUCUCUUUUGUCUACCGCUUUAGCUCUCCCUGAUGAUGGAAAGAUUUUGGCUUUGGAUAUCAACCGUGACAACUAUGAAAUUGGCCUUCCCAUCAUUGAAAAGGCCGGUGUUGCCCACAAGAUCGACUUCAGAGAAGGUCCUGCCCUUCCUGUUCUUGACCAGAUGAUCGCAGACGAAAAGUUCCAUGGAAGUUUUGAUUUUAUUUUCGUGGAUGCGGACAAGGACAACUACCUUAACUACCACAAGCGAUUGAUCGAUCUUGUCAAGAUUGGUGGAGUGAUCGGGUAUGACAAUACUCUUUGGAAUGGAUCUUUGGUGGCACCACCAGAUGCACCUCUUAGGAAGUAUGUGAGGUAUUAUAGAGACUUUGUUUUGGAGCUUAACAAAGCAUUGGCUGUUGAUCCAAGAGUCGAGAUCUGCCAGCUUCCGGUUGGUGAUGGAAUUACUCUAUGUCGUCGUAUAAGCUAAUUAAAGAUUAAUAAUUGUUAAUUAAGGCCCCUAAUUGAAGGAGAUGGCCGGUCGCUAUGUUUUUUCCUUGAUUUAUAUACUCAUAUAUAUAUUUCAUGCUUAUAUCCUUCUAAACUAUUUUUAUGUAUUGCAACAUUGAUGUUGCUUUUCUCUUUAUAAAAACGUCAUCAUUGGGAAA